UUCAAGUUCUGCCGUGAGUGAGGUGAUUACCGAUUAGUGAAAGCUGAGAAAUUCAGACUUAUUCUCCUGCUUACAAUGGCUGAUGAAGUGAUAAAUGAAGAAGCAUUGUCUCUGAAACAUAAAAAAGAACGAAAAGAACUCCAAGCUCAAAUCCAGAAUUUGAAAAAGUCUAUCUGCAAGGGUGAUAAAAAACGGAAAAAAGAGAUAACUGAGGAAAUAGCACAGCUCGAGAUUGAUCUGGAUAAAAAACAGGAGCAGGAGAUAAUCGAUUCAAGAAUCAAGGAAGUCCCAGUUGCAAACGAAGACGUCUUACCCGAUGAUAACCAGCCAGAACCGGCGCAACAACGUAUAUCAAAAGCACAGAAGCGAAGAGACAAGAAAAGUAAUGCAGAAAAGGAAAGAAAUCAGAGGAUCAUCAAGCAGGAGGCAGAAAAUGUUCAUGGGAAAAGAAACGUCGAAACACAAGCGAUAAUAAAAAUACUCCAAGAACGUCACCUCCGGAUCCAUGAAAUUCCCAGCGAUGGUCAUUGUUUGUACAACGCGGUUUCUCAUCAGCUAAGAGAAAUAGGAGAAAUCCCGUUGGGCUUCAAGACUCUUAGAUUGAAAACUUCGGAGUACCUCAAAGCCAAUAUGAACGACUUUGUACCGUUCUUACACAAUGCUGAAUCGGAAGAAACUUUGUCUCCUGAACAGUAUACGAAGUAUUGCGACGAUGUUGCGGGGACAACUGCAUGGGGCGGUGCUGUUGAGCUACAAGUUCUCUCCCAAGUUUUGAAGUGUCCGAUUGAAGUGAUACAAGCAACUGGAUCUCCGUACGUUAUAGGCGAGGAAUAUAAGGAUGAAGGAAAAAAGGUUACCUUGACUUAUCACCGCCACAUGUACGGACUCGGCGCUCACUAUAACUCUGUAACGAAAUUUGCCAUCAACGAAGAAAGUUGAUCGACGUGUCGACUUAAUUCAUCCAUCAUUCAUUGCAAUUGUCGUAAAAUUUGUCGCGCAAUGGCGAAU